AUGGUGGAACAUCCCGAUGAAAGAGGACAAGAGGACCACACCACUGAUGCAAAUAAAUGCAAUUACAACGGGGAUAACUCUACUUUGAGUGAUAAAACAAGAGGAAUAACCAUGGCCGCGACUACUGGAGAAGCCUCUGGCGAGGAGAUAGUGCUGCGUAUUGCUGUGGGUUCGGGCAAUCCAUGCAAAGUACAAUCCGUAGUGGACGCCUUGAACCAAGUGAUCCAGACAGCAUCCCAGGACCAAAACAAUCCACCAAACGUAAAAUUGGAGGUGGAAUCCUUCAACGUGGAAUCUGGUGUGGCAGCCCAGCCCAUGGGUGACGAAGAAACGCAGCUGGGAGCCAAAAACCGAGCCCUGGGAGCCUAUAAAAACUAUGAGACCAAGUUCCAGAAACCUCCUCAUUUUGCGUUUGGGCUGGAAGGAGGCCUAGAAUGGUCCCAAGACAAAUCCAUUCUUUGGUGUAUGGCCUGGAUGAGCUGCUAUGGAAAAAGAGAAAAGAUAGUUGUCGACUUGUUGGGUGCUUCCAACAUGAUGUCUACCCUUUCCAAUGACCAAGCCGACAAACUCGUCUGGGGCUUGGCCAAGACUGCUUCCUUUCCCAUUCCUCCUCCUGUUACAGAUCUGGUGAAGCAGGGAUUGGAAUUGGGACAUGCCGAUGACAAAGUAUUUAGCCGAGUAAACAGCAAACAAGGCUCUGGGACGGUGGGUAUCUUGAGCAAUGGAAUCAUCGACAGAGCGGCCUAUUACACACAUGCCAUUAUUUUAUCCUUGUGUCCCUGGAUAAGAGCAGAUGUUUACCCAGAAGGAUGUACCAGCAAAACUUGA